AUGGUUACUGCUUUUACAGCUGCUCAUUGUUUUACACAAUCAACUAAUCCUAAAGAUUACAUGAUUGGAGCAGGCAAAUACCACAGAGGCUGGGAUAUAAAGGAUCCGAUGGAGCAACGACUUGAAGUAGAGUCAAUUGUUAUAAAAGAUACAUACCAAGGAAGUUUCCGAAAUUAUGCAGAUGAUAUUGCUAUAAUAGUCUUGAAAACUGAAAUAACAAUCUCAGAUUUUGUGAGACCAGCUUGUGUAGAUCUGGAAAGAAAAUAUGACAAACAGCUAAUCAAUGGAAAUACUGGCUCUAUAGCUCACUGGGGUUACGUUGACAGGCCAAGCCCAAAUGAUGAAAUCCUUACAUCCAUAUUGCCAGUUUUCGAGUCUAUGCAGUGUAACGAAGUACUUCCUGUCACUUUUAAAUCUUUUUUUACUUAUGACAAUUUCUGUGCAGGAUAUGCAAAUGGUUCUGCUGUUUGCUUGGAUGAUGAUGGAGGUGGCUUUUUGUUGGAGCAGGAAGCAAUAGCCACAACUAAACAAUGGUUCAUUCAGGGAGUAUAUAGUCUGGGUGUUCCACCAUCAGUAGGAACAUUGUGUCCAAGUUACCCUGUUCUUUUCACUAAAGUGAAUGAUCAUCUGAACUGGCUCAAGACAUACUAUGACAAAUACUAA